CAAUGGAUGUGAUUAACAAAGUAACAGCUAUGGCCCCACCAUCAACUAAAAAGGACACUCAAACCUUUUUAGGGACUGUUGGUUUCUGGAGAAUGCAUAUUCCAUGUUACAGUGAAAUUGUGAAACCUCUCUAUGAGGUGACCAGAAAGAAGAAUGAUUUCAAAUGGGGUCCUGACCAACAGAAAGCUUUUGAGCAGAUCAAGAAGGAGAUUGCGCAGGCAAUGGCCCUUGGACCGGUUCGAACAGGGCCAGGCAUCAAGAACGUGCUCUACACUGCAGCCGGACACAAUGGUCCCAACUGGAGCCUCUGGCAGAAAGCACCAGGGGAAACUCGAGGUCGACCCCUGGGAUUCUGGAGCCGGAGCUACAGAGGUUCCGAGGCCAACUACACAACAACUGAGAAGGAGAUACUUGCAGCAUAUGAAGGAGUUAGAGCCGCUUCAGAAGUGAUUGGCACUGAAGCACAGCUCUUUCUGGCGCCCAGGCUACCGGUGCUGAGAUUCAUGUUCGAGAAUAACCUUUCUCCUGUCCAUCAUGCCACCGAUGUGACUUGGAGUAAAUGGACUGCUUUGAUCACCCAAAGAGCCCGAAUAGGGAAACCUAAUCGUCCAGGUAUUGUGGAAGCAAUUACAAACUGGCCAGAAGGCACCCACUUUGGAAUGCCACCACAAGAAGUGGUGAGACGAGCUCAAGAAGCUCCACCAUAUGAUCAUCUACCAGAGACUGAGAAACAAUUUGCUCUUUUCACCGAUGGCUCCUGUCGUCUUGUAGGGAACCACCGGAAGUGGAAAGCUGCCGUGUGGAGUCCUACACGACUGGUUGCACAAGCAGCUGAAGGAGAAGGUGAAUCAAGUCAGUUUGCAGAGGUCAAAGCCAUCCAGCUGGCUUUGGACAUUGCUGAGCGAGAGGGGUGGCCGAGACUCUACCUCUACACUGACUCGUGGAUGGCAGCAAAUGCCUUGUGGGGUUGGCUAAAACAGUGGCAGCAGAAUAACUGGCAGCGAAAGUGUAAACCUAUUUGGGUUGCUGACCUGUGGAAGGACAUUGCAGCUCGGAUAGAGAAACUGGAGGUAAAAGUGCGUCAUGUGGAUGCACACGUGCCUCUGAGUCGAGCCACUGAGGAACAUCGACACAACCAACGAGCAGAUGAGGCUGCUCAAGUGUUCCAAGUAGACUUAGACUGGGAACACAAGGGUGAGCUUUUUCUGGCUCGGUGGGCCCAUGAUUCUUCAGGUCAUCAGGGCAGAGAUGCAACAUACAAAUGGGCUCGUGACCGAGGGGUGGACUUAACUAUGGACACUAUUGCACAGGUGAUGCAUGACUGUGAGACAUGUGCUGCAAUUAAGCAGGCAAAACGGUUGAAACCUUUGUGGUAUGAGGGGAGGUGGUCAAAGUACAGAUUUGGAGAGGCCUGGCAAAUUGACUACAUCCCACUGCCUCAGAGCCGCCAGGGUAAGCGCUAUGUGCUUACAAUGGUGGAAACAAGUACAGGAUGGUUGGAGACAUAUCCUGUGCCUCAUGCCACAGCCAGGAAUACUGUCCUGGGCCUUGAGAAGCAAAUCUUGUGGAGACAUGGUACUCCAGAGAGAAUUGAGUUAGACAAUGGGAGUCAUUUAAAAAACAGUCUUGUCACUGACUGGGCUAAAGAGCAUGGUAUUGAAUGGAUCUCCCAUAUCCCAUACUAUGCACAGGCCUCAGGGAAAGUUGAAAGGUACAAUGGUCUGUUGAAGGCUACCCUAAAGGCAAUGGGUGGUGGAACUUUCAAAAACUGGGAUAAAAAUUUGGCAAAGGCCACCUGGUUAGUUAAUACCAGGGGAUCCAUCAAUCGGGCUGGUCCUGCCCAGUCAGACCUUUUGCGUACUGCAGAUGGGGAUAAAGUCCCUGUGGUAUGUGAAAGAAACCUGCUGGGUAAAAGUGUUUGGGUCUAUCCUGCUUCAGGCAAAGGUAAACCUGUCAGGGGUAUUGCUUUUGCUCAGGGACCUGGACAUACCUGGUGUGUGAUGAUGGAGGAUGGUGAAGUACAAUAUGUACCUCAAGGUAAUCUGACUUUGGGAGAGAAUCCUUAAUUUGACAGCUGGUAAAGUAUAGAGCCUGUACGUAAUAUAUGGUAUGGAAUAAGGGGUGGAAUGUCCUGGUUUGAGCCAGGAUUAAGCCAAUUUUUCUUUUCAUUUAUUUUUUUUUCCUUCAGUAAGCUUUCUUUUAACUAGCAACUGUGUGUUCUGCUAGGCUGAUAAGACAGUGGAAUGUUUUUCUAACUACUGAGGCUUCAAGGUUACACCUUCACUCCGCCGGCUCAGACACUAUGGGGAGAUCUCUGACCCCCCCGUGGGAGGCUGAGUUAGACAGACAGCAAAAUUGGCCAAAGAUAUUCCAUUCCAUAUAUCUAUGUAAGCUCAAAGGAAGGUCAGAGAUCAUAGAAGACAGCUUCCUUCUUCUUCUCGCCUUCUCUUCCGUCCAUGGCCGGCGUCCGGGGAGGACUCUGCUCAUCCAUCACCGCCGACCCUUAGGCUCGAGCUCUCCUGACCCUCAUAACUCUCCGCUUUCUCCAGCAGCGGCUCCGGGAUUUCUCGGGACUCUUGCCAGUUCAGGGGAGUGCUGUGGGAGUUGCUGGGGGUGGGGGGAGGCGAGAGGCUUUUGCCCAUAUCUGAAUAUAUCUGUAUAUAAUUGUAUAUAUUUUCUUGUGUGAUUCAUUAGUGUUUUAAUUAAAGCUGUGUAGUUUAGUUUUCAAUCCA